UUGUGGAUGCAGCCCUGUUAAUAAGUAAUCUUAUCACCCCCUUGAAAAUCAAUAGAAUCCAAAUGUGAACUUCCCAGCUGUUUAUUUGAAAUCUGUGUUCCAGAGAUAGAGGAGUGCGUCACCAAAAAUCAAGUUGGAAAGGGAAAGAAAAUGACAAAAAUGUUUCAGAAAUUUGAAUUAACAAUAACAUUCAUUUGUAUUGUGCGUUGCAGCAUUGCAGUCAUUGACCCAGACUGCGGUGAACCAAAACCCCUUGAGAAUGGAAGUUUUGAAAUUAUAAGAGAUGCUAACUCUAGAUUAAAGGUUAAAUAUCAGUGUCUUCCAGGGUACACUUUGACUGGUUCACGAUAUCAAUCAUGUGACAAAUCUGUCUGGCAGCAAAAGCCCCCAAAAUGUGAACCAAUAACAUGUGGCAAUCCUGGGGAGAUUUUGAAUGGAUAUUAUAAUGCGACAAGUGCUGAAUUUGGAAGCAGAGUUUCAUUUUACUGUAAUUCUGGGUUCAAGUUAGUUGGAAACGUCCAUCGUAUUUGUGAAGCUCAUGGUUGGAGUGGUCAUGUUCCAAUAUGUGAAGUUGUCAAAUGUAAUUAUCUUGAACCUAUUACUAAUGGAAGAACUCCAAGCCCACCCAAUGGAGAUUAUUGGGAGCAUGGAAUGGUAGCAAAGUACUCAUGUGACAAUGACUAUUCAUUGAUUGGUGUUGAAGAACUUGUUUGUACAGAGACUGGAGAGUGGAACAAUAAUCCUCCAAUUUGCAAAGCUGUCCACUGCGAGCGUCCAGAAUUGCCUGAAAAUGCCAACAUUGUUGCAGGAUUUGGACCCAGUUACAAGUAUCGUGAAACAAUAACUUACAGUUGCAAAUAUGGUUAUAAAGUUGAAGGCGACAAUGUCAUUGAAUGCAAUGAGAACAGUGAAUUCUCACCACCGCCACCCACCUGUCAACUAUCUGGAUGCCGGGAACCUAUGCCAAUCAAAAACGGAGAAAUAACAAAUAAGAGACCUGUAUACGAGUUACACGAAGAAAUUACCUAUAAGUGUAGAUGGGGCUAUAAACUGAUUGGCCAUAAAGUCAUUCGGUGUGUGGAGAAUCACAGGUUUGAGCCGUCACCACCUGCAUGCAUAAGAAUUACCUGUAUGGCCCCACAGCGCAUUGCCAAUGGACGAAUAUUAUCAACACAAUACAGAGCCUAUGAGUUCAAUUCAGCACUCUCUUUCGACUGCAGAUAUGGUUUUAAACCAGUUGCUGACGGGAUAAGUAUAUGCAACGAAGAUGGCCAGUUUCAUCCACCACCUACCUGUGAAAGAGUUACCUGUAUGGCCCCACAGCACAUUGCCAAUGGACGAAUAUUAUCAACACAAUACAGAACCUAUGAGUUGAAUUCAGCACUCUCUUUCGACUGCAGAUAUGGUUUUAAACCAGUUGCUGAUGGGAUAAGUACAUGCAACGAAGAUGGCCAGUUUCAUCCACCACCUACCUGUGAAAGAGUUACCUGUAUGGCCCCACAGCGCAUUGCCAAUGGACGAAUAUUAUCAACACAAUACAGAGCCUAUGAGUUGAAUUCAGCACUCUCUUUCGACUGCAGAUAUGGUUUUAAACCAGUUGCUGACGGGAUAAGUACAUGCAACGAAGAUGGCCAGUUUCAUCCACCACCUACCUGUGAAAGAGUUACUUGUACAGCCACACAGCGUAUUGCCAAUGGACAAAUAUUAUCACAACGCAGAACCUAUGAGUUGAAUUCGAUACUCUCUUAUGAAUGUUAUCGUGGUUUUAAACCAGUUGGGAUAAGUACAUGCAAAGGAGAUGGCCGUUUUCAACCACCACCUACCUGUGAAAGAGCUACUUGUACGGCCCCGUAUAAUAUUAAAAAUGGCAAAAUAACUUCAGCACAAUCCACGGUCUAUGAGUUGAAUUCAGCACUUUCUUUCGAAUGCAAUUAUGGUUUUAAACCAGUUGCUGACGGGAUAAGUACAUGCAACGAAGAUGGCCAGUUUCAUCCACCACCUACCUGUGAAAGAGAUCCAGGCAGAGGCUUAAUUUCAAUACAAGACAAGCUUAAAGACAUUGUUGCAUUGGGAAAACAAAUGGUUGAGGAGAAAGAAAGGAGCAUCAAAUUAGAACAGGCACUUUUCACACAUGAAACAGCAAAUCUUCAAAACUUGGAAAGGAUUCUGCAAAACAUUGAACAACUUGUUGGCUACAUUAAUAAUGGUUCUCAAAUUUGUUAAAUCUUGUCUUUCAUGUUACUCAAUCUGAAAAUAUCCAGGGUGUUCACAAAUGCCAAACUGGCUCUAUUCAAGUAAUUUCAGUUGCAGUAAACCUCAGUUUUAUUUUUUAAUUGUCUUGUAUUUACUUGCAUUUUGGGAUUUUUACUCCCAUUUUCUGCACCAAUCACUUUGAGCAGGCGGUGAGGAAAGGCAAAGUGUUGAUUGUUUUUUAAAAGAAAGUGAAUAAGGAAAAUAAAAUCUCACCUGGACCUAGACUUAAGUUUCAUGUACAUUUCUGGGAAGGUACCUCUCUUCUGACCUGCUUUCAUUGGAGAGACAAUAACACAGGUCAAUUUUAAUGGUUGACCUUCAUUUAAAUUCUGUAGGAUAAUUGACAAACAAGUGGAAAAUGACACAGCCCAGAGGCUGACCAUUUAUGCAACAAAUGUGCAAUUUUACUUUCUCAGCUGUCUUGUGGAAGUCUUGUGUUGGAAAGUGAACUGGAAGAAUCAAAGGUAAGGAAAGACUACAUAUGCAGGAUCCAGAGGAAUAUCAUAUGUAGAAAAAGACCCCACAGGCUAGUUAUUGGUGGAAACCCUGUUCAGAAGAAUUGUGAAUGAUGAGAUCCUGCUACUUGGUGCAGGCACAGUGGGCUGAAUGGCCUACUACUAAUAUCUAAUAUUUUCGUGAUUCUAUGAACUCUAAUCAUGAUAUUGACACUUUUUUGAUUGGUAAUGGGAUCAGGUAUCACAGGCAGAAGGCAGGAAAAUGGGGUUAAGAAACAUAUGAGCCAUAAUUGAAUAUAGAGCAGACUCGAAGGGCUAAAUCACCUAAAUCUGCUCCUGUAUCUUAGGGUGUUAUAGUCUUAUGGGCAAAUAUCUCAGAGCUUUGAUUGCAUCCCACCAGGCUACAUUGGAGAGAAAGGAUUAAUAGCACCCAUCAGACAUAACAUGGUUGAUGAGUGCAAGUUGUUUUCUCUACAAAUGUAAGUAAUGCACAAUUCAUUAUCCUGUCUUGGUAAUUGAUUCAUAUGUCAUACGAAGAGUGUUCCUUAGCUUUAUUUCUGACAGGCAGGAGAAAAUAUUUCAGAAACUUGGAUACAGAAAACCACUGAAUCAAAUAUUUCAAAACAAAAUCUUGUGAAGGCAGUGAAGUCUAACUAAGCUCCACGAAAUAAAAAAUGCAGGCAAGUCAUUAAAAAUGCAAUUUGUGUAAUCCAACCAAGACAUUAUAUUGAUGUACCAAAGUCUGGUUUAAUUAUUUUUUUGUUGUGAUACAAAAACAAUGUUAUUUGGUAGUAACUACUGCUUUGUAUGUUCACAUUGCUACAAAUUAAAAUAAGAAUUUGUGGCUGGCA